UUUAAACAUGUUGACUUUUUUAAUACGUUAUUCACAAUAAUGCUCUUUUUUAUGUUGACAGUUUCUAUAAAUGCAUUUGAUUAUCUGGGAGCAAUCUUCAGCUAUCUUAUAAUUGCCAUUGCUGUGUUUGGUGGAAUGUAUGAUAGCAUGUCUGUAACUGAACUCAGCGCACAGAUCAGUAGGGUAUGUUGCUAGAGAAUACUGCUACAUUGCCUGUAUUAUUAUUUCACCUGUAGUUCCAAUGAGUGUUACUGAGAUUCACAAGUCGUUCAGCAUAUCCGUCAGACAGUAUUUCAGUCAAGUCAGGCAGCCAUUUAGUGAGUCAGUGAGUUAACCAGUCAGUCAGUAAGCCAGGUGGCCAGUUGGUCGUUAGUUUAGUUAGUUGGUUAGCCAGCCAGUCAGGUAAUCAGUUGGUCAGGCAGGCAGUCGUUAAUCAGUAAGCCAGACAGUCUGUUAGCUACUGAAUUAAUCAGAAAGCCUGCAUAGUCUGUCAGUUACUCAGUUGGUCAGACAGCCUGUCAGUCGUUAGUCUGUAAGCCAGCUGGUUGGGCGGUCAUUCAGUCGGUUGGUCAAUCAGUUGGUAGGUCAGUCAGACAGUAUUAUCAUACGUGUACAGUCUGUCUACAGCCGACUAGUUUGUCCAUCAGUAAAUCACCCUUCUAUCGAUAAGUAAGUGACGUGUUUCAAUGAUUUAAAGUUGAAAAUACGUAAUUGUUUGUUAUGCAUUUGAAGUAUUUCUAAAUUCAUAACAUCCUCAUCUUCUUGUAGACUUUCUUCAAAAUAUUUGCCUGUUUCUCGACACAGUUUCAUAAUAAUGUAAACAGAGGUUUUUCCAUCAAGUAACUCCUCAAAAAACAGAUGUCUCUUUAGUCAUUUGGCUAUUUGUGUCUUCGGAUAGCGAUGAACUCUUUUGCAAUGUUUUACAGUUGUACACUCAUGCCAAAGCAGCUAGGCUGCCGCUGCGUCACUGCCUGGAAAUAAGGUUGUGAUUUUAAAUAAGCAAAAUAUAAUCAAUCGUGUAUAUUGCCCACUUCUUCCAAGUUUGGUAAGUGCCAUCUGGCUAUGAAAACAUUUACCUGGGUAUUAACGCCAAUCAGAAACAGCGGAAUGUUUUCAAUGGAUAAUAAUUAUUAUUAAUAGUCAACUGAUUAAUAAAGUUUGCCCGGUUGAGAUUUGUAAGGUUUAUCGCCGCUUUUUAAUUGGAGGGAGGGAUGCUGGUAAAAUUUAAUUCGAAAGCCUUUUGUAUUGAAUUGUUCGUUUUUUUCUUUAUAAAUUGUAGAACUCUUUCUUUGCCAUGUACCUGAUCAACUGUUGGACCAAGAUCAUUGAUUUAUCAAAUGAUAUUUCGUCCAUGGCUGGAUAUGUUCACAGGUAGGUUAUGAGGGGGAGCUAAACCACGUCAACUGGAAGUAAAGCGUUUUCCCCAGUUAUUAGGCUUGCUGGCUUGACCAUAGUCUCUGGCUUGCCCAACCAAAUUUGUAUUGCUAAGAGUCUUUACUCUUAUAGAGACGAUUUGUCCGAAAGGUUUUAUUUGGAGUUAACCACUACACAAGAAUGGAAAAAGUCCACUUCCGGUUGAUGUGCGUAGCUCAAACAAGAUACACACAGUAGAGAAAAAAGUGCAAACGUAGCUGUGACGUUAAGAGUUAAGAGGCCUAUAUUUCUCUUUUUUUUAAACCAAACUAUGAUUUUUAUCUCCUAUUUAGUAGACAACACAGUGUUACCACUUUUCUUCAGAUUAUCGUAAUUCCAGUUGAACGUCCUUGAGACCGCUGAUUAUUAUACCAGAAAAAAAGGUCUGUAUGCUUCCUCUUUUGUUUCCAUUCAUUCACUUUUUCUUUCGUUUGACAGAAUUGGGCAGCUUCUAGAAUACUUUAAUGAAAGCGAUAAACAGCAGCUUGAAAAAGAACAUCAAGAAUCUUUACGGUAAAUUUUCUUUCUCUCAUCUUGUUUUUUUUGUGUGUGUCUGUGAGGAUUAAUUUAAAUUCAGUCUCUUUGAGUUGGAGAGGUAUUUCAAACAUCUCUCGUUUUGUAGGGAUGAAAAUCUAGCUUCACAUGGUGGCAAUGGUGACACUGUAUUCAAGCUCAGUUGCAUAUCAUACUCGCCACCAAACUGUACGGACCCUCUUGUCAGAGGUAGGGUGGUUAAUUUAAGAUUUUCCUAUUAAUUUGCCAUUAAUGCCUUCUCUUCCUGCCUCAAAAGCUGAACCCCCCUUUUUGCUGCACUGCCUGAGCCCUGUGUACAGGGCAACAACAAAACAAUGUAAUAGACCAAUUCCAAUAUAUUAGGAUUCAUACUUGGCCGUGAGGCUUGGGGGAAUAAAACAAAAGAAAUAAUCUUGAGGCUCAAUACUAAAUAAUACUUUUCUUUUGUUUUGUUCCCCUAAUGCAAGCCUCGGAGCCAAGUAUGAAUUUUAAUAUAUCAAAAAUGGUCUAUUGGACUAAUAUGGCUGAUUAUGGAUAAACAGUGGUCCAUAGCCGCUUUUAUAGAAGGAUAAAAUCCGUCAUUAAAUUCUGAUACAAUAAAUUUCCCCUAGUAAAGGUGCGGCCCAUGAAAAGUACGAACAAAUGAAAGUAAAAGACGCAGAGGAUGGGACAGGGGGAGGAGGAGGGAGUUGAAAGAAACCUUUUCACCGCUGUUAGCACUCAACUCCAUACUCCAAACUCACAUUUCCCUUUUCCUACAUGAAAUUUCUCUGUUUCUUGAAAUUUCUGCUUGAGAAAUGUCCAUGAAAGUCUAAGUCCCUUCAGUUUUUGAAGAAAAAAAUUCAGAAGAGAGUGAGUAGGAAUCGAACCCGGAGCGAUGAAUCUGUAGUCGAUCACAUAUACCACUACGACUGAGGAAUUGUCGACGAUUAAUGGUUUGAUUUGAAGAUAUAUAGCAACAACCCUAACCCCAAAUAGAAGCUAACCGUUUAUCGAGCCAGUACUUAACGCUAAUCACUAUUCUCAGGGCUUAACCCUUAUCAGUAUUGAUGGUCAAUGCGGUCAUUGCUUUGUGUAUGAAUCAUAAUGUGUCAGCGUCAUUUUGGAGUAUGGAGAUGGGUGUUAACCUUUCACCGCCAUCAAGGCGUUCUGAAGAGAGUUAAGAAAUUGACGAGGGAAAACGCUACUGACAGAUCCUUGCGGUGUCCGCGCGCUUAUAAUUUCCCCCUUUUUUCUUUGGAAUACCUUAGCCUGGCACGCAGGCUUUGCAAUGAUGAGCUGCCUUCUAAGCUACGGCUGGAUUCAUAUUUGAUUUGCGCGGGCAAAGAGAUUACUGGUUUGCAAAUUCAUCAUUUUAACAUAAUGCACCUUGUCAGUUUACCCCCCAAAUUUUGCCUAACUAUUGUCUUUGAUUUCUUUUGGGACGACUGUAAUACCCAUAAGAAAUUGGAAACAAUGGAAAUGCAAAAUUUUGGGGGGCGAAAAUUAGUGAGUUAGUUGCUGCCUUUAGAGGGGUGAAGUGAAAGGGGUUGUUGAAGAUUCUGUCAUGGAUGUUGUUGUUAGUUCUUUUUUUGGAUAUGUGUCGUGCAUAAACGCGAUAAACUAUCAUUAUUUUUUUGUUAUUUUUGUAGAUCUAGACUUAGAAAUCAGUCAUGGAAAGAAUAUCCUUAUAACUGGAUGUACAGGUAAAAAUUAAAGCAGAAAUGUACGCCCUGAUCAUCAAUUUGGAAAUGGUUUUUACUAAAAUUCAUAAUUGCAUUUUUUUUUGGAAGGAAGUGGGAAGAGUUCUUUGUUUAGAGUUCUUUGCGGCAUAUGGAAGCCUAUUUCAGGUAUGGUUUGUUCAUCGAAACAGGUCAUUUCCGCUAUAGACUGCAACAGCCAGUCUUUCGUUUUAGUUUAACUUCCUCUUUUAACACCUACAAUCAUGGACAAAAGUCUUGGGACACUUUUGCAUUUCUGAGGCGUUUUCCAAUUCACACAGGCCCAACCCCUCCCCUCACCCGACAAACAAAAUUGGACGAGAGUAUCCAGAAUUUUCUUUUCCGAGUUUCAAGUUUGUAUCGGGUGGGGGGAGGGAGAACUGCAAGAAAAUUUCAAAAAGGAUGCACGUUUUUAUGAGGGAACCCAGAAAUGACAGAACAAUAUGAAUACUGCAUUACUGUCCCAAAGACUUUUGUCCAUGAAUGUAGCUCACGUUAACCCUUUUAGCUCUAAGAGUGAUCAAAGUCAUAAUUCUCCUUGCUUUAGAAAACAAAGUGGUACUGAGAAUUAAGCACAUGAACACACAAGAUGAAUUACAGUGAUACCUUAUCAACCUCUCCCACUACCUCUAAAGAAAAUGUUUAGGGACAAUAAAUGAAAGUGCAAAUUUUGAUAUCAUGUUUAAAGAGUCGAGAAUAUUCGUCUUUCGAAUUUUGGAACCUUUGCACGAACUCCUAUGGUAUUACCAUUCAAAUGAGACUUCUUCUGCAAAGUUUCUGCGUGGGAUUUUAUAACACUAAAUUUAACUGUUUUGUUGUUUUAUUCCUGUGACUACAAGUAUCAAUGAAAUAAUAAGUAACUUCUAUUUGUAAUUAUCUUACAGGGGAAGUCUUGCGAUUUCUUCCAUUAAGCCCCAAAGCUGUUUUCUUCUUACCACAAAAGGCAUUUAUCACAGACGGUACAUUGCGACAACAGGUAACACAAGAUCCUUUGCAGUAAAGGUAUUCAGGUGCUGGAUACAGUCUUAUGGUCAACUUUUCAUGUGUGCGUUUCACUUCUUUCCUCUUACAUUAGUCGAGUUUGAGGUCCCAAAGGGGACGUAUUUGACUUCUAGCCCUUUUAAAACGAUGGAUUGAAAUCCUAUGGAGUGAUAGCCUGCGAAUACAGCCGUUUCUCCUUGUUCCUCGCCGCUGGGGACGUUUCUCCAGGAGGAACGUCUGCGCCUCAGCGACAGAAAUUCUAUACUGAUGACGUAAAAUCUGUCCGGAAUCUGGUCAGGAGCUCUGAUUGGGCGACAUAGCAGUUAUAUUGUUUUACCUUAUGUUUACGAAUGACAGACAAAAGACAAAAGGCCACAAAGGCCAAAUGUAAACGCGGUAGUAAACGUGAUGAAUCUACUACAAAACAGUCAUAUUCCUAAAAAUAGAAAAAGCAUCUGAGUUUUGCUGGAGUUUGUUUGCAGUAGAACACAAGACAUUACCAUAAACGACCAGGAGAAACAUAAAAUUCUACAAAUUUACCGGAUUUAUUAUUGAAACAUUGAUUUACGUCAUCAGUAUGGAAUUUCUGUCGCUGAGGCGCGGACGUUUCUCCUGGCGAUACGUCCCCAGCGGCAAGGAGCCCGGAGAAACGGCUGUAUUCGCAGGCUAAUUGAGUGACCCUUCAGAAAUACAUUGUUCAAUAUUUAAGCAUCAAGACAAUGCGCCUUCGGUGAUAAUCUCCCUUUAUCUCCUUUAUCUCUCUGCUUUUUGGAACUCAAUGCCCGAUUACAAAAUGAAAUGCAUUUACGAGCCCUUUAAAAUGUCCGCUUAACGUCCCUUAAGCUUUUAUCCCGAUUCAGACCAUGGGGGCUUUUGGACCCCUCCCCACUUCCCUGCGAAAAAGUUGAAUAACUUAAGAACCGUUCAAGCUAUGAUUACCAAACUUAGCGACUUUUCCUAAAAAUUAGCUGGGAACAUUUGAAAGUCGUCAUGACGUGUAUGUCAACAUUGACGUUAUCAUGGCAACCAAGUUUUGGCGGGUAUGUUUUAAAAAAGUUGAAUAUUUCUUUAAAAAAUAGGUUUUAAAAAGUUAUUGUCUCUGUUGGCAGAUGCUGAGUUUAAUUUUCAACAGUGUUCAUGUCAUAUUUUUGCAGAUUUUGCAGAUUUUUUGUCUCCUAAGCAUCCUUUUAUACUCAGAUUAAGUUUUCUAUUAAGAGUUCCUCGAUUUAUUAGGGUUUUGAUACCCUGGUCCCAGAGGAACUAGUUGUCACUGCUUCGCCGCUCGUUCUCUCUUUCGCGAAGAAAAAUUUCAAUAAAAAACUCGGGGACCAGGGUAGGAUUUUUUAAGUAAAAUGGAAUACCUUUAAAUAAUUCAAAAUGGCGAAUCCAACUUGGCGGAUGCUUCCAGUUCCAUGUUUAGUCACAAAUGACGUCAUCAUGACAUCACUGCUAUUGUUAAAGGUUAUUUAUAUGUUAGCCAACUUCUUGAUCAUAUUUAACCCCUUACUAUUUUAGUAUCUUUCGCUUAAUGUGUACUUGGAGGGAAAUUUGGAUUCUGCCCAUAAAUCAACAAUGUGACGUCAUAAUUUCAGAAGUUGGAAAUGAUGAGUACAUUUUCGGUGGCCGUAGCAUGAGCGGUUUUGAAGUUAUAGAGAGGGGCCUCUGGAGCCCAACCCCCCACCCCAGUGGCGGGAAGCGAAAAACGCCUGGUCUGCGGAGGGUUAAGUUAUUCAAUCACACACGUCGUCUUUAAUGCAAAAACUGUCGAAAGUCUUGGAUGCAUUACCAUGGAAGUUGUAACAAGAGAAAUUUCGUAUCUCCAAGCGACCAUGUAAUGGUCUAUUUAUUAUAUAAACACCAAUGAACUACCAAACCAUUUCAGUUUGAUAGUUUUUUGGUGUGAAAGGCGCGAUUUAUUAUGUAGCCAUAGCAACGGUGAUAUUUUCACAUGUGAAGAUAUCAAGUUUUUCGCGCGAAAGCUCACCUGGUAUUUCAUUGGUGUUUAUAUAAUAAAUAACUUUCCGUUCUUAUAAAUGUUAUAGUUGAUACGAGCAACUGACUCAGUUUUCCUUUUCAGCUAACAUACCCCUUUGAAGACCAUUUACUUGAAUACAAUUGCGAAUCAGGUAUGGGGUGUGAUUAUAACUAAGUGAAAACUGUUUGUUAAUCCACAUUUAGUUAAUAGAAUGCUGAGCCUCUAGAUCAGUUUUUUUGUUUUAUUCCCCUUCGCCUUAGACUGCUUGCAGUCCGCCUUUUCUCUUUAAAUGCCUGUAGUUCUUAUCUCAGCCAGCGCGAUUGACCACUCCAGAAAAUACCAUAACAUACCAUAAUGUUCUUUGUUCGUCACCCCCAAAUUUUGCAUAAGCAUUGUUUUCAGUAUCUCUUGGGAGUUAAAUGGCCCCAAGAGAAACUGAAAACAAUGCUUACGCAAAAUUUAGGGGUGACGAACAAAGAACAUUAUGGUAUGUUAUGGUAUUUUCUGGAGUGGUCAAUUGGAAACCAUGACGUUGUUUACAAUAAGGGUUUAGGAUUCAGUUGUUUAUGUUCUUGUUUCAAGUUACUCGGGUUUAAUUGGUUAAUUAAAUUACCUUGACAGCUUUGUUGUUCUCAGACAGAACAAAAGAGUCAGCAGUCUCUUAUUUUUCCUUCUCGGGCUUACUCCCUCGUUUAUCGCGCCUCGCGUGCUUAGCUUUCGUAAAUUUGCAAAGGAAAAUAAGAGACUGCUCGCUGUCUACUUCGCCUCGGACGAAGAAUGAAUUUUAAUUUAUCGAAAUUUGUCUAUUGUGACGGGAUUAAAGGGUUACAUAAUUAAGUGCGUGUGUUUGUCGCGGUUUUUAACUGAAUUUUCUUAGAUUUCUAAUUUUCAUUUACUUAAAAGUGCGAGAUACAGAACGGUAGCGAAGCCUGUGUUUCAACAGACGUCUCCUUUUGGUCAUUUUGAGGUUGCCAUCUUACGCCGGAGCUUAUUUUCUUUUCGUAAACGGUCGUUGCCACCAUUGGUAACCAAGCCUUUAGUCAUGAUGGAUGUAAUAUAUUCCCUGGAUUAAGUUACAAUGAGGCAAAUAAUACGUUUUUGAAUGGUCUUGAAAAAAACGACGUUGAAGCCCACGUUGAAUUUACGUUGAAAAUUAUGGAAAGGGCUGAUGUAUCAAUUAAGAAAGACAGUUUGCUAGUUUAUUUAAUUAAAUUUUUCGGAAUUCUGGCGUGUCAGUGUUGAAGGUAAUGCUGAGAGAGAGAGAGAUUACCUAGGAUACGACAAGACCGGGUCUGACCUGGGUUGCGAUCUUCUUUCCUUUUGAUAGAAACACUCUUAAAAACAGGUUAAAAAGGUACAAAGUGUCCUAAAAAAAGGCAGCGACCGUUUAUGAAGGGAAAUUUGCUACGCCGGAACAGGGUCAAAAUUCGGUAACAAACGCCUCAUAAUGCAAUUCUAAGCAGUAUCGACCCAGUCCUAGGGUGAUGUUACUCGGGACGAUUCUCAACGACGAUUUUUAGCGCUACACAGCGAUGCAAUGUUGGAACAAUGUUGUAACCGUUCGAAACAAUGUUGCAACAAUGCUGCAACUCUGUGUUGCGCUAAAAAUCGUCAUUGUAAAUCGUCUCGUGUAACAUCACCUUCACGCGCCACGUUAAAAUGGCCUUAAUUUGCUUCAAGUAGUGAAAUUAGGAAUUGUUUGUACGCAGGCUUCAGGACAGUAAUUUGUCGUUUAGCUUCUUUUAUAGGCAACUUAAGCUGUUCGUGCUAAAAAUGCAAUUUCCUAGUUUAAAAAAUCCCUCACUUUAACAAUGAGGCCAAUGUUCAAUACUUUUCUGUGAAAAUUCAUUUUUAUAUCAUAGGUUUCCCACUUACCCUCGUUUAGAACGGAGGCUUGGGCAACUUGGAAUCAUUACGAUGGGGGGAGGGGAAGGGGGUGAGCGUAGUGCAAAGUCUUCAUUGGCUGGGGCUUGGUAUAACUUCCUUCAUUAAUUUUGUAAUCCUCUGGAUCUUCUAUCAUAUUUAGUUGGAGAAGAAAAUGAACGACUUUUUGAGCUACUGAAUUGUGUUGGACUGGUAAGUUUUUUUAGCGUCAGUAUAGAUCAUGUUGUCCCUAAAAGUUCUUUAUAUACUCUGAGUAGUGUAGUACAUACUGCGAACAUAGAGAUCAAAUUAUGCGACAAGUGGUCGCUUACAAGAAUGUUAAAAACAAUGGCAAAUUAUUAUACCAUCGCCCUAAAAGUGGUCGCGCUUGCACACGAGAUGUUCUAGCUACAAGGCUUUGACUGGGAAAGUUUUUGUGUUGUUCUAGAUAAAAAGUCGCUUACGAGAGGUUGUCGCACUUGGAGGUUCGGUUGUUUUAAUGACGCCGUUUUGAUUUAAAGGUGGAUUUCUCGCCACUUCAAAAGGACAUCCUUUGGGUGCAUUCAUUUGGAAUAACUGCCCCGACUCGCCGAUGUGUUCAAUUAGCGUUAUGUGCUUUCUUUGUGCGAGACAUUUUGAUAGUUAAAUAACCAUAUUGUGAUAGAUAGACAUGGAGCACAAUUGCAUAAAUUGCGUUCACAACUGCGAGGAUCAUUGUUCAUUUGCGUUCAUUUCCGCUGUUCUUAUAUGAUUUAUUUCAUAUACAUCUAUCACAUUCAUCUCUUUCACGGGAACAUAUGAACACAUAAUUGACCAGGUCCCAACAUCAGUGGCUUCAUGGCUCAGUUGGUUAGAGCAUCGCACCGGUAUCGCGAAGUCACGGGUUCAAGUCCCAUUGAAGUCCUGAAUUUCUUUCAGGCUUCUUACGCAAUUGCGUAAAUUGCGUUCACAACUUCGGGGAUUAUUCUUCGUUUGAUUUUAAAUAACCAUAUUGAUUUUCCCUGUCUUAUAGUCGACUCUGUGUGGUAGAGUUGGUGGUCUGGACAACCCGGUUGAUUUCAACUGGUGAGUAUACCUACGUGGUGGUAUUUAGCAAUUAUUGGAUGAUGCUGGGUGUGAUCUAAAGAAUUACUCGGUGGAUCGAGGACAACGUUAUCCGGCGAGGCCAAAGGCGGUGGUGCAUAACACCCUCAGAGCUCUAUUUUUGUGUUAUUGCUGGGCUUUUAUAGGCAGUAGUACGGCUAACUGUGUGAAACUUGUUCGCCUUUUUUUCGAGUUCUACUAAAACAACGCAACCUGGUCUGAAAUCAGGAGGCGCAAUCCGUCUUAAUGUACAUUCAGAAAAUCUUAAUUAGCCUUUCUUCAGGCCGCUAGAAUCAAGGUAGUUGAGGCAAUUUUGCCAAAAAUUCUGGGAAAGAUUCUGAUUCUUGUUUAAGUCAGUGUAGGUUGGAGAAUUAUUUAUCUUUUAGGCUUCCACUAGUCUCGUACCCGGAUCUCUUGUCAACAAAACCGUGAACAAGAGAUCUGCGUACGAGGUUAGGCUUCCACAGCAAAGUGUUUUGAUCCUAAAACGAUUUGUAGUCUAUAAGUUUUUACCUUUUAAAUGCCGUUAGGUUAUUCAUGUCCCGUAUUAAAUUAAUAAGUACUUAAGAUAAACAAAUAAACAUUACUUAAUAACAACGAUAAUGAAGAGAAGAAUUGUUGUUAUUUGCCGAAAAAAAAAAGAUGAAGAAGACAUGAAACGCAAGGGAGGAAAAUGUGUUUUUUGUCAGCUAAAAGUCAGAUAAAACUUAGGUAAGGAAUCCUUUUAUCUCCAGUGGUACGGUGGCAACCCUCAUUUCUCUUUCUCUUUUGUCUAGGGAAGACAUGCUUUCGCCUGGCGAAAUGCAGAGGCUGUCUUUUGCUCGUUUGUUCUAUCAUCGCCCACUUGUAGCUCGUAAGUGGUCAAUUUUUAGUUUUAAACUGACAUUAUCCUCAUCACUUCAACUUGAAAUCAAAUGAAAUGUACUGAACAGUACUUGUCUGUGGUACUGUUUUUCCUAAAAAAUGAACCAUGUGGUAAUGUAUUUAUUUACUUAUAUUUAAUCUGGAUGAAAUCCUUCAUUAGAAUGAAAGCUACUGAUCUGACCAGAACUCUCUUGUGCUGAAUAAGUUGGUUCCCACUUUUGAAUCUGUGGACGAAUCUGAAAGUGUGACCAUUCAAAUGAAAGCUAGUUAGGUGUGCUUUCACAUGGUACUGUUUAUUUCUUCAUAUCUUCCAAAGUGAAUUUUGAUCGCUCUCCGGAGGAAAGAGAUUUUAGAGACAACAAAACAAUCUGAUGGCAAACUGCUGGUCUUUAAUCGAGGAAGAAAAAUGUCCAUUAGUUCGUUAAAGGAAAAUUCUAACAGUAGGAACUACCACCAGAUUGAGUGAAACAUAACAAUAAUCACUCAAAACAUUAAAAGAAAGAAAUGACACAGCAAAGACAAAAGUAGGCACCGAUAGACAAACUUGAAGAAGAUUAAAACAUGUUGAAAUCGUGGGUUUCGAAAAGCUUGUUAGCCUAAAACUUUUUUUAAAAAAAGUUUCUUUUUUGUUGUUUGUAACGUUUGGUAUACUGCUCUGCUUGGAAAGUAUAUUUGUCGGAAGAGAAGCUGUGAUUUUGUUGUUUGCAUGUAGUUUCUUCGUUUGUGCUAAGUUCCAUGGGCCAUAAGCGUAAUAAUUACCAUGAAAAAAUAACAUUUUUUUAUAUAUAUUUUCCGUUGUUAUUAAAUUUGUCUUUUUGGUUUGACAAUCAGUCCUUGACGAGGCUACUAGUGCGUUGGAUGAGCCCUCAGAGACAACACUGUAUUCAAUGUGUAAGCAGUAUGAAAUCACUGUCGUUAGUGUUGGCCACAGAGAAUCAUUGAAGCAGGUAGGUCGGUCUAGUGCCACAAUUGAGGUAUUAAGUUCCGAAGGCUGAUUAGAAAUAACUGAGGUUUAAAUUUUACCUAUGAUUAGUUUAUUGUUUUGUAUACUAAACACCUUUACAAAAAGGACGAGGCUUUGUAAUAUCCGCAAUUAUCAAGGUCUGGGUAAAUGUUCUCGGUGAGUGAUAUCACAAAAACCGGUGGAGUCUAAUCGUUUUAUUGUUCAUGUUUUGAAGAAAUAACGACAAACUCACUGUCACAAUGAACAGUUUAUUAAAUUCCGAAAAGAAUUUAUACAUUGAAACCUCGAUAUAACGAAGGGCCAAGGGAAUGACAAAAUUUGUCCGCUAUAACGAGGUUUCGUUAUAUCGAGGUUCUUGUCGAUAUAUUUUGCUAUCAUUGGGGUAAAGAAAAUUGUCCGUUAUACCGAAGACUUUGUUGUAUAGAGCGUUUUCACAUGACGUCACAGCGGCCGUAUUGGUGUUCCAAAACAAUGAAAUGGUGGCCAUGUUGGUGUACCAAACCAAUCCUGUAGGAGCGAUUUGUUUUGUUCCACGUGAGUGAAAACGCUCUAUAGAGGUUCGUUAUAUCGAGGUUCUACUGUAUUGCUCUUAGUAAUCAUGCAUUGCACGCGCAAUCUAGAGAUAAGAUAUGAUCUGCUAGCGUGUAAUCUGCAGUUCGCGCUGAUUUCCAAAAUUAACGACAGGCUCUUAGCCAAUGAGAAGACAGAAUGAGUACAGAAAACCGUGCGCUAUUUUGGCAAAACAAAGAAAACACGUUUUCGGUGUCGUCAUUAGUGUCUGUUCUCUAGUAGAUCAUGGACGACGACCAAUCACAACGUGCGUAUUAUUCACCAAAUUAGGCCAUAGCUCUCGACCAAUUGGCGUGAAAGAAAUCAACAACAACAAGAUAAAUACACUGAAAAUAGUGGAGCGGCAGCGAUUUGCAGCAACAGACAAACGAGUUUUCAAAUCUGCUGUGUCAUUUUAUUUCCUCAGUUUCACGAUUACAAUUUGAAAUUGGACGGUGAAGGAGGAUGGGAGUAUACCACGAUCAAACAAGAAUAAAGAUUAUGAAAGUUUACGCGCUGUAAGUUUCGCGUGUGUUUAUUAAAUUUGCCCGAUAGGCUCCCAAUAGAGCGUAAGUAUGCAUAGGUUUGAGCACUAGCCCCUUAUCGGGGAGGAACGAGACUGGUCCCGAGGGAGCGGCGGAAAUCUAGCCUGAAAUAAACUAAGAAAACUUUAAAAGGUUAAAAAUGAAUUUAAAGGGGCUAUGACACGAGGAUUUAAUACUGCUGUUUUAGGUCAAUUCUUUGCUCAAGUCAUCGCUUUCUGCUGUUACCCAUACAUAAAAUGAUCCAGUAGAGUUAUGAAGAAGAUACUUAAAAAAAAUUCAUUAUGAAGCAAAAACCAUAAUAGUUUUGGGUGAUUUUAGCAGGCAUGGCCUAAAACUUGAAAAAGUUGUCCUCACGUUUUCAAGUUUCAAUCCAUGUGAAUAAUAUAUAGCAAAGGCCUUGUGUGUAGUGAAGUGUACUUAGCUGCCCUAACUACAAUAGUUUUCAAGCGCGCCACUUAAAUAAUAUGAAAUUUUGAAAAGUGCAAAUAGAACGCAGGAUUCAUAAAGAGAGACCAACUGGCAAGUUGGCUACUUAGAAACCUGGCUGAAGAUUUUAAAUAAGGUUUAAUAAGUAAAUAGAUUUAAAAUAGUCUCAGUUUUUUACUCUUCCUUUACGUUGACUAUUUUGAUUUUGGGGUUGCAUAAGAGUUCAGUGUCCAGUUGACUGUUUUUGGAACGAGUUUUGACUCGGAUGUUACUGAAACGUGGAACGGGGAGCCGGGAACGAGGUCGGGGAGCGGGAAAUAGAAAAAUGGGGAAAAAACAGAGAAUUGGAAAUGAAGUUACUGAUAGAGCUAGGGUUUAACUUAGGUUUUGUUUCCAUUUCUCAUUUUCCCGUUCCCCGUGCUUGUUUUCCGUUUACGUAACAUCCCAUUUUUAGCUUGUAUGUUUUGUUUUUCCAAAUUCAGACCAAGUGAUGUUCUCCAGGGAAUUGGCCUUUGGUCUUUUCAUAGGACGACAUUCCAAAGAAAACAGUUCUCUGGGGUACCAUCACGUGGUUUGAGGUGGGAAAACAAAACAUCCAAGCCCAAAAGGUCUGUUCGUGGUAUUAGUCACGUGACAAGGCAGCCAUGUUGGUGGUCAUUGCAAUAAACAAUUUUUUGAAGAAUUUGCCUUAAGGUCGGUACACACUAGGCGACAAGUUGCAGCAACUUGUCGCGGCGAAACGUUGCAGCGACAAAUCGCUUCGUGUGUACUGGAGAAUUUUUGUGAAAAUCUUUGUCGCUGCAACAGAAUUUGUCGCCGCAACAAGUCGCACAGAUUCAGUCUGAUUUGAUUUUUUGCGACUUGUUACAGCGACAAAAUUAUGUUGCGGAGACAAAGAUUUUCACAAAAAUUCUCCAGUACACACGAAGCGAUUUGUCGCUGCGACGUGUCGCCUCACCUUGUUGCUGCAACUAGUCGCCCGACCUGUACACACAGAGUGAUCUGUCGCCGCGACGUGUUGCAGCAACUUGUCGCCUAGUGUGUACCGACCUUUAAAACGGUGUUUACUUCCCAGGGGAGAGAAACACCUUUGUUCUUGAUCACCAUCAUGGCCGCCGUGACGUCACGUGCAAACCAGCAAUUCGUGGUACCAGCCAAUGAAAGAGGUUAUUAUGUCCCCAAAACAGUCAACACAUGCAACACCGACCCAGUCUCUGGAGCUGCCUCAAAAUGGCGGUUUCAUGAAAUGUUGGAGGCUGGGAUCAUUGCCAAUUAG